AUGGUUCAUCGUGUCGAUUUUCCCAUGAACUUUCGUCGGUGGAUGCUGGCAAACGCCCAGAACGCUGAGAGUCUAUGGCGCGGUGCUCUUGACAUUCUCAACGGCAGCGAGAGAGAAUGGAAGCACGGGCUGGCCAGAGAUCUCGACGACGAAGCUCUCCACGGGCGAAGACACAUCCAAGCGACGACAAUGACACAUGCGUCAAUCCUGGACUGCCUUUCCAUCGAUACCUGUGUUGGUAGCCUGUACAACUUCUUCAGCGGCCCAAACGGGAACCGUGCCAUCCCAGCGCUGCUGGCGUUCUGUGAAGGGGUGCUCGAGGGAAUUUGUGAUGUGCCGGACGGGUGCUGUGCAGAUGCAGAGUCCGCUGCCGUUGCCCUUUCUACCGCCCUGCGAGAGCUUCUCAAGCGGGAGCAGCGCGCCCGACUGCACGACGACCUGCCGCCCCUCAUCGACUCGGUAGAAGGUCUGUCGAGAACUCUUACCCGACGGGGCCUGCUCAACACCUCAGCCCUACUGGCACACCAUGUCUGCGAGAUUCGAGCUGUCGUGGGCCGAGCCAGAGGGCUCCUCAGCGUAGCCGAUGCCGACGCCGACGCCGCCGAGUUUGCAGACGCGCCACUACCAGCCUACCCUCGCGGUCUGCACAUGCCCAACGACCGCCACGACAAUGACAAGAUGGACAUUGCGGCCAUGAAAAUCUUCCCCACGCGGGCCGAGAUCCUCAGUGAUGUGGUCGAGUUCCUCCCGUCCACCGACCCCGAGCAGCCCCAUUUCUUCGCCGACAAGUCCCAGCGCCACGUCGACACGCUAUUCCGCCUCCUCCGGCAGGAUACGUUCGGGGAGCUCAAAGACGUCCUGGCAAGCACCCUGCGUGCUUCCGAGAUGGACCGAACCCACCUUGACAGCCCCAAGCUCAGCUUCGGCAACCUUAGGGCGAAUCGAUAUCCCAAGGCCGUCAUUAGCUACCUUUCCUUUAGCGGACGCCGUGGAUUGGAGGUGGAUAUUUCGUUUUCUCAACCCUCAGUUCUCCGAGGCAAGUCUGUCUCCGAGAGACGACGAUGGUGGGAGGACUCUCGACGACUUGCCGAGGGUGUGCUCGUGUCGUUCAUAGCGAUCGAUCAAGGCCGCGCACAGCACCUGUUUCUCAUCAUCAGCAACAGAACCAUCGACGACGGUAAAGACGAAAGCCUGGCGAAGAACAACAACCGCGCGACGGUGAAGUCGAGACUCAGCAGCCAUGACCAAGCCAACAUUGAGACUCUCGUUGGCCUCAGCAGUUCCAAAGCGCAGGGCGUCCUUUUCGAGUUCCCGGGGGUAAUACCCGCCACUUUUGUACCUAUUCUUGAGAAUUUACAGAACAUGCAACGUCUUGGCUCACUGCCGUUCCAAGACUGGAUCCUCCCCGACAGGAUCGAACAGGGGCACGGGGACACGGCUGCAGACAUCCCGCCACCUCGGUACGCACGCAAACCGGGCUUCGCCUUUUCUCUAAAGCCUAUUCUGAGAAACAGUUCUCUCGAAGCUGCCAACCUCUCCGUCGAGCCGUGCUCAAACUCGGUCGACGAAGACCUUCUCAGCCGAGUGGAGGCAGAAACGGAUCUGGAUCGCGGACAGUGCCGAGCCCUGAUCGCGGCACUUGGUCAUCAGUUCCUCGAGCAUCUGCUGCACGAAGGCACCCAAAAAAUUAUUCGUAUUGGAGGACAAAGUCAGUCACGUCUGCUGGAGGGAUAUAAUCUCCGGACAGUGGCACAGUCGGAAUCAAGGAGCGGCUGGGAGAGGUACAAUCUUGCCAAGUCGUACGAAGAGCUGGAGAGUAAAGCAGACAGCAUCAAGAGGGCACUCGGCAAGGCCCAUGGGGUAGUGCGGCAGAUGAAGUGGGACAACAUCCAAAGAUACCUCCUUCGACACUAUCCACGCAUAUUCAUUCAAUUCAGGGAGGUAGACGCGGAUGGAUACAAAACUGCCGGUCGACACCCCUUUGACAUUUGGGCAUCGUUCAAGAAGGACUUGGUCGAUGAUGUUGGCAUCGAGACAGAGGUUGAUCGCGAAGCUCUUCUCGGCAAAGCAUCUCAGAACGUCCAUUCUCUCUCCCCAUUGGAACGGGGACGCCUUGUGGGUUUCUGGACCACGGAGAACUACAAGCAGGCAGUGGAUAAUUUGUACGAGGACAUCGAGUAUAGCUCUUCAAAGCAGCGACAGGUGUCAAACAUUCACGACGAAGUCGACCGGAGGGUGUUGCAGGAAGCAGAUGUCAUUGGCAUCACGACGACGGGACUGGCAAAGCGAAUAUCCACCUUGCAGAGGCUGCGGUGCAAAGUUGUUAUUUGCGAAGAGGCCGGCGAGGUGAUGGAGCCGCACAUGCUCACGGCACUGCUCCCGGCCGUGGAGCACAUUAUCCAGAUUGGCGAUCAUGAGCAGCUGCGACCUCAGAUCAACAACUUUGGCCUGUCACUGGAGAGCAAGCAAGGCAAGCUGUACCAGCUGGACCGUAGCCAGUUUGAACGACUUUCAGUCGGGAUUCCGGGGCGGCCCAAGAUUCCCGUGGCGCAGCUGGACGUGCAGCGACGCAUGCGCCCCGACAUAUCCAGGCUGAUCCGCGAGACGCUGUAUCCCAGCAUCCAAGACCAUCCGAGCACCCGCAGCCUUCCCGACGUGGUGGGAAUGCGCAAGAAUGUAUUCUGGCUUGACCACGACCACUUGGAGGACGGAGCGUGCUUGGAAAUGCAGCACAAGUCCCAUUCCAACGCGUGGGAGGCGAGCAUGGUGCACGCGCUCGUCCGCCACAUUGUCCGCCAGGGCGUGUACGGCAGCACCGACAUUGCGGUGCUGACGCCCUACACGGGACAGCUGCAGAAGCUUCGGGCGGCGAUGCGCAGCGACUUUGAGAUCGUACUGAGCGACAGGGACCAGGAUGCGCUGGACAAGGACGGGUUCGACGCCGCGUCGCUCGGUCCCGACGACGAUUCGCCAAAAGCCGCUCCGAUGCAGAGGAAAGGCGGCGCGCUGACCAAGAAGAGGAUGAGCGAGCUGCUGCGCGUGGCCACGGUGGACAACUUUCAGGGCGAGGAGGCCAAGGUCGUCAUCGUCUCACUGGUCAGGAGCAACGGGGCGCGCAAGGUGGGCUUCCUCAAGACGACCAACAGGAUCAACGUCCUUCUGAGCCGGGCCCAGCAUGGCAUGUACCUCAUCGGCAACUCGGAGACGUAUGCGAACGUGGAGAUGUGGCAGACCGUCAUCGGGCUGCUGCGCGGGUCCGACUCGGUGGGCAGCGCUCUGGAGCUGUGCUGCCCGCGACACGAGGAGACGCCGAUCAAGGUGUCCGAGCCCGACGACUUUACCCGGCUCAGCCCCGAAGGGGGGUGCUCGCAGGCCUGCGCCUGGCGCCUCCCGGACUGCGGCCACAUGUGCCUGGCGCGGUGCCACUCGGAGAGCAUGCACAGCAUCUUCCCGUGUCCGCAGCCCUGCCAGCGGCUGCACGAGCCGUGCGGACACGGUUGCCAGAAGCCGACCUGCGGAGAGGACUGCGGCAAGUGUCUUGUGCCGCUCAACGGCGUCGAGCUUCCGUGCGGUCACUUCAAGGACGCCGUGGCCUGCCACGCUGCGCAGAAGCCCGCAACAAUCCGCUGCCCAGUCGUGGUUGAGAAGACGGUCCCUGGAUGCAACCACGCCGUCGAGGUGGCAUGCUUCCAGCCCGUGACAGAAGCCGCCGGGUACGCUUGCCCGGUGCCUUGUACAGCGCCGCUCCCGUGCGGCCACACCUGCCCGGGUACGUGCGGCGGCUGCCGCGAGCAGGAUCGCGACGCGGCGGCAAGGUCGUCGCAUCAGAGCUGCCGCAAGAUCUGCAUGCGACCGUUUGGAACGUGCAACCACCACUGUCGCAGGCCCUGCCACGACGGCACCGACUGCGGCCUCUGCGUAGCGCCGUGCGAGGUACGAUGCCCCCAUUCCAAGUGCGCCGCGACCUGCAGCGAGGGCUGCGUCCCCUGCGUGGAGAAGUGCGAAUGGGCGUGCGAGCACCAGGGCGCCUGCGCGAUGCCGUGCGCGGCCCCGUGCAGUCGGCUGCCGUGCGACGAGCGAUGCGCCGAGCUGCUCCCGUGCGGUCAUCGCUGCCCGAGUCUCUGCGGCGAGGCUUGCCCGGCCGGCCUGUGCAAGGACUGCGGGAUCGCACCCGACGCGCGCGUCGACCUGCUCGAAAUGAAGACGUAUGCCGAGAUCGACGUCGACCUGACCCCCAUCGUCGUCCUCGCGUGCGGUCACUUCUUCACGGCCGAGACACUCGACGGCCUCGUGGGCAUCAACGCUGCGUACGUGACGUCCCGCGAGGGCCGCUUCACCGCGCUGGCCGACGUCUCCGGUGCCUUUGCCAGGAUGCCGCAGUGUCCAGACUGCAAGCGCCCGGUGAGGCAGUACGCGACGCGGCGGUAUAAUCGCAUCAUCAACAGGGCUGUCGCGGACGAGUCGGCCAGGAGGUUUCUGGUCGCGGGCAAAAGUGAGCUCAUGGCCUUGGACGGGGAGCUGAACAAGUUGCAACAAGAGCUUGCCGCAUCGCACGCGGACGUUUUGCAAUCCAUCCAGAACAUCCCCGAGGGCCGUCCGUGUCGUUUUGGCCCGCAAUUUAAAACCCGUUACGAGAGUGGGCAAGAGCUGCGCAGAAAGAUGAGCAGUUUCUGCAAGAGAUCCUCUGACCGGUAUCAGCCCUCGCACAAGCUCUACGAGGCAACGGUCCACGCGCUUCGGAGACGAACAUCCGACGACCUCUGCGACGGGCUCGCAGGCCUGACUCUGGACAGCUCACCGCACCCCGUCGAAAGGGAUCGCCGUGUGGCUGUGGCAGGCGAGAUGGCGCUGCUGAAGCUGGAGUUCCUCACACUCGAGGAUAUGCUAGGUCUCAUGCGGGCGAUCCAGCAGCUCACGCUCGUACAGCCGCCUAAAUGGCCCGGCGGUCCUCCGUUGCCGCGCGUUAAGCCAUUUCUAGAAUUGUGCGCGUCCUUAAUCUCCAGCUGCCGCGCCGAAGCCCUACCCAAGAUUGCCGUAGAGGCCACCCUCUACCAUGCCAGGAUGGCGCGCAUGUAUCAGUCCUGUUCUUCACUGGAGGACGCCGACAAAGCCAAAGCGAUUGGUUUCGUGGAAGAUGCGAAGCAUAACCUGGAAAAGGCGUCUCUCUUAUGCGAGCAGCCGUUUCAACAUGCCGAGAGAUUAAAGGAGGCGGUCGAGGAUACCAUUCGGUUACUGCAGCGAGAAUGGUACGAGACCGUCAGCCCCGAAGAAAUCGCUGCCAUCAAGGAAGCCAUGGUCGCGGGGCGGUCCGGCUUGGCCACCCACUCUGGUCACUGGUACAACUGCAUCAAUGGACAUCCAUUUGCGAUUGGUGAAUGCGGAAUGCCCAUGGAGCAAGCGCGCUGUCCUGAAUGCGGUGCGGCCAUCGGCGGAUUGAAUCAUCAAAGCGUCGCUGGCGUCACACGAGCGGAGAAUAUGGAAAAUUGA